CAUUGGGCAUAAUGCUUUAUACUUUUUGCAAGUGGAAGGCCUGUGUAGGUGUUGUUUCAUUAUUGGCAAAUGUUGUUAUUGCUUUUUAGACCAUAGGUUAGACUAGAUUAGACUAGUGGUGCUGUAUGCAGUCGAUACUAAAGGACUAAGUCUUAAGGAUGCACUGCUUGUUAUAAGAAUGAGUGCGUAAUAUCCACAGGAUAGCUGUGUUUGUUGGAAGUUGUAGAAGAGGUUCAGCGGACAUCUCAGAUUCCCUCUCUUAUUAUGAGACGCUGCAUAUCAGUGAUGUGAAUCACCAGAUUGUUAAGAGGAGUCUUGAUGGACCCUGGCACAUGAAGAAGUUGGAUUUUUCAACUUUAGGAAGGCGUUUCCGUGUCUACCUCCAGCCAGAUUCCCGGGUUCUGGCAUCAGAUUUCAAAGCCUACGCUCGUAAGGGUGAUGGCACUAAGGAACAGUUUGGGAUAGAUCCGGGUAAUUUCUACAAGGGUCACGUGUCGGGGGAGACACACUCCGAGGUGCACGCAUACUGGGAGGAUAACGCAAUAUCUGCCACCAUCAAAACACCCGAAGACACGUAUGUGAUUGAGCCAUCAUGGGGACAUCUACCUCAAUCUCCCAACUACACCAUGAUCACGUACAAAGGUUCAGACGUCAAAUCUUUGUUUGAUAAAAAUCAAACAAGUGGAGUCAAGCAAAAAAUAUGCGAGUUUGUUCGCCCACCGAACACGGAGCAGACGACACAGAAGGCAGCAGAGGCUGAUGUGGAAACUGACAAUGGGCAUUCGAGAGAAAAAAGGGCUGAUGAGUCGCUGAAGGACACGUGCCCACUAGGCCUAACAGCCGAUUAUCGAUUCUUUGAGAAUAGAGGAAAGGGUAAUUUAGUCUACACCACAAACUUUUUGAUUGGCCUUAUCAGCAGAAUUGACGCGCUUUACCGUCGAGUGGAGUUUGAUGAGACAUACAAAAGCUUUGGUUUUGAAAUCAAAGAGAUCACAGUGCACACAGAGCCAGAAAAAGUUGCCCCCGGCGAAGAACAUUAUAACAUGAAGAAGGAAUGGAAAGCAAAAGAUUUAUUGAAGGCCUUCAGUAAGGGUAACCAGUACAAGACAUUCUGUUUACAUCAUCUGUUCACCUACUAUGCGUUCGAGAGGGGCGUGCUGGGCCUGGCUUACAUAUCGUCACCGAGACGUUUCAGUGUUGGAGGGAUCUGUUCAGAUUCUUUUUAUGACCAAGGGGAGACAUACUCUUUCAACUCUGGCUGUAGCAGCGGGCAGAAUACCUAUGGCAACCGCAUACUCAUCUCGGAGGCUGACUGGGUCAGUACCCAUGAAUUAGGACACAACUGGGGCAGUGAGCACGACCCGGACGGUGAAUGUUCCCCCUCUUCGUUCAGUGGAGGAAAAUACAUCAUGUUCCCGUACCAGGUGUCGGGAUACGAGCCAAAUAACAUGUAUUUUUCGCCGUGCAGUAAAAGGAAUAUUGCAGUCGUCCUGAAGUCAAAAUCAAGUCAAUGUUUUACACAAUAUGUUCCGGGUAAAGCGUUCUGUGGUAACCACAAGAUAGAAACCGGAGAGGAAUGUGACGGAGGUGUCGUGGGCCAGCAAGAUCAAGAUCCUUGUUGUGAUAGCGAGUGUAAGCUCAGAAGUGGUGCCACAUGCAGCGAUUCUAAUCACGUCUGCUGUCAGAACUGUCAGCUUGCCCCGAGUGGUAUGAUCUGCCAUGAAGCGUCUCCAUUGGGAGAGGGCAUCACCUGUACUGGAAAUGCUACAUGCAACGGGACCAGCGUAGAUUGUCCGGAGCCAUCACCCAAGCCUGAUCAUACCAAAUGUGUGGACUUUGGAUCUUGCUUCCAUGGGGUAUGUAGACCCUUCUGUGAGGUGAUCGGAGAGGAUUAUGAGCCUUGCGCUUGCGACACCGUUGAGCAGUCGUGCCAGAUCUGCUGUAUGGAGAAGAACACUAACGCCUCCUGUGCACCAAAAAUGAAUCGAGAAGGAAAAUAUAUGAAUUUGUCGAACGGUCGUCCGUGUGUCCAUGGAUACUGCGAAGAGGGCAUCUGUGAGGUGCAGGUUGAAGACAUGAUACAACGAUUUUGGAGAAUCAUAGAGAACUUAUCAAUAGAUCUUGUCAUGAAAUUCAUGCGAGAUAAUUUAAUUGGUACAAUUCUGCUGUUGUCUGUCAUCAUCUGGAUUCCCGCGAGCUGUACCUUAAGCCAUUUUGAUAAAAAACGUCAACAAGAAGAAGAGAAUAUAAUAGACUGGCACAGUGGAAAGAACACAAGCCUUAACCCAGAUAACAAACGCAGUAAAGUGAGACUAAAACCAGCACAAGACAUGCAAAGGAUGACCAGUGGCUUUGUACGAUAUCUACACAAAUUAUUACCAGUUCCAAGUGAUUCAGUGGAUCACAUGACAUAUGUCUAGUUUUUGUGGAUCAGAGCGUCUUCUGUUGUUACCCUGAUAAUGAGUGACAUAAUUGCUCAUUACCAUAACUGAGGAGACACUCCUCAUUACCAUGAUUUGGGAGGCAUUGCUCAUUACCAUAACUGAGGAGACACUCAUUACCAUGAUUUGGGAGGCAUUGCUCAUUACCAUAGCUAAGGAGACAUUGCUCAUUAGCAUAACUGAAGAGACAUAAUUGCUCAUUACCAUAAUUUAGGAGACAUAAUUGCUCAUUACCAUAAUUUAGGAGACAUAAUUGCUCAUUACCAUAAUUUAGGAGACAUUGCUCAUUACCAUAACUGAGAAGAUGUUGAUAUUGGAAAGGAUGACAAUUUAUGUGCUAAAAUUUUGUAAAAUCAUAUUACUUGUGUAUUUAAAUGAACUUUUUCUACAUUUGACAAUCUGUGCUCAUUCUCUUUAGUAUGUUUACAUAAUCAUUUUGUUUUUGUCUAUCUUAGAUAGAUCAUGUCUUCAAAAGAUAAUUACUUAUUAGAAUGAUUAGAAAGUAUCUAUUGAUGUAAAAUAGAAUCAUUAUAGACAAUGCAAAGCAGAAUGUGAUAUUCCCUAUCUAUAUCUAUCUAUAUACAGUAGAACCUCUCUAUUAGGGAGUGCUGUCCUUAAUAGAGAGGUGUCCUGAUUAGAGAGGUCAAAUUGAACGGAAACAACCAUUUUGGGUUCCUCAAUAGAGAGGUGUCCGCUAUGGGAGGUUCCAAUGUAUGUAUAUAUGUUCUAAGAAAUGAAUAAAUUAUGCUAUUUUGUAAAUACUCGUAUACACAUAUACAGCCGAUUUGGGAAAUCGAAUUCUGUGUACAUUUCGUUAAUUUCUUUUCAAGCCUCUUGCGGCUCACUACUUUGACAAUCUUAGCCAAUGUGAAUGCAAAUUUACCGAAUUCAUGUACAUGUAACAUCAAGUGUACUGUUAUGCUCAAUUUUUAUGAA